GAGGAGCCAGCAGGAGAACAGCUUCCACAAUGCACGCAAGAACUUCCUACACGAAUGGCAGGCGGCGGCGUUGCUGGCAGCGCCACUUGGCUUUGUUCGCGCUCUUCCUGUUUGCGGCUCACAUCAAUAUAACUUCCGGUCAAAUCGAUUGGGACGACGACGAUGAUCCAGUGUCCACCGUGGCCGUGGAGGCUGUGCUGGGACGCACCGCAUCGCUGCCGUGCGACAUCGAGCCGGAGGCGAAGGACGAUCGUGUGUACAUGGUCCUGUGGUUUCGCGAGAGUGCUGGCAAGCCACUCUACAGCUUUGAUGUGCGGGGGCGGCCGUUCGAGAAGGCGCUGUACUGGUCGGACACCAACUCAUUUGGGCCACGUGCGUAUUUCGUUACCGGACAGCAGCCGGCAAAGUUAUCUGUGGACAAUAUACAGCUGGAUGACGAGGGCGUUUACCGCUGCCGCGUCGACUUCCAGAAUUCGCCCACGCGCAAUCAUAGAAUUAACUUAACGGUUAUUGUUCCUCCGCAUCAAAUACUCGUGUACGAUGCCUCGGGUCGCGACGUUGCCGGCGCUGUGGGUCCAUUGCUCGAGGGCGAUAAUAUUGUGUUGACAUGUGAAGUGCGUGGCGGUCGUCCGGAGCCCACUGUCACCUGGCUGAACGGCACACGCACCUUGGAGGCGGGCAGCGGCGUCUCCAUGGGUCGCCACGUGACCGUCAAUCGUCUGGAGGUGCACCAAAUCUCACGCUCCGCCCUGAACAACACGUAUCGCUGUCAGGCGUCCAACACCAAGCUGGUGGCGCCCGUGGAGCGGAGCAUACGCAUCGAAAUGUUACUCAAACCCACAUCAGUCAAUUUAACCAAUAAGUUGAAGGUCUUCUCCUCGAGCACGCAGUACAAUCUCACCUGCAUUGUGGCGGGCUCCGUGCCGGACACGGAAAUCAGAUGGACACAGAAUAAUCGGCCCUUCAAACGUGGCAUGCUGUCAACGAGCCAGGGCAAUGGACGAGUUAUAUCCACAUUGACGUUUCAUCCACAGCCAGAGGACGAUGGCACAAUGCUCAAGUGCGAGGGCUCCAAUCCACGUCUGCAGAACUCCGCCAUCGAGGACUCGCUCAUGAUGAAUGUCAUCUAUCCGCCGCAGGUCACCUUGUCGCUGGGCUCCACGCUGCGUCCGGAUGACAUCAAGGAGGGCGACGAUGUCUACUUCGAGUGCCACAUCAAGUCCAAUCCCAAGGAGCAUCGCAUUAUGUGGUCACACGAUGGCCAACCUGUCACCCAGAAUGUCUCCUGGGGCAUCAUCAUAUCCACUCGCUCGCUGGUGCUGCAGCGCGUGGGCCGCGUUCACUCGGGCUUCUAUGCCUGCUCGGCGGCCAACGAUCGCGGCGAGACGCAGUCGGCGCCUGUCAGCCUGAGGAUACGCUAUGCGCCCGUUUGCAGCAGCAGCAGCAUCAGCGUGAUUGGUGCCUCGUUGGAGGAGGCUGUGCCCAUACCCUGCCGCGUCAACUCGGAUCCGCCCGAAAUCGAUUUCGAGUGGACAUUCUCGAGCAGCGGUGAGCACUUUGAGGUGCCGUCGGGACAUUAUGCAACCAUACAGGACCCCACCAUGACCACCACCAGCGAUGUGAGGCGCACCAUUGUCGAGGCCAACGAGACGCACUUCGAGAGCUACGUGGAGACGGUCAGCGAGCUGAUCUACACGCCCAAGGGAGAGCGGGACUAUGGAACGUUGGCCUGUUAUGGCCGCAAUGCCAUUGGCAAGCAAUCGGAUCCCUGCCUGUUUCAAGUGGUGCCAGCAGCCAAGCCGGGGGCAUUACGGAAUUGUACGCUGCGUCCGUAUGUGGUCACCUCCGCGUCGCUGAAUUCAUCGAAUCAGACGACAAUGCAUGCCAAUCAAAUGCUGCAAACACAAUACGGCAGACACGAGUCGAAUUACCCGCAUAUGGAGUACGUACGUGAGCGCCAUAACAACAACAAGAGUCAUGCCACGGGGCAACGGAACAAUGCCGCCAAUAAAAAUAUGAAGGGCAAAACAAAUGCUGGCCACAUGAAAUCUAAUAAUAAGCAGGCACAUCCACGGUCGCAGCCACAGUCACAGCCAGCUGGAUAUGUCCUCAGUCAGCAGCAAUUGCAGCGCCUCAAAAAGCGAACGUCAUUUACACCAUCCCAGACAUUGGCAGCCAUCGAGAGGCAGCGCCAGAGGAAACAGCAGCAGCAACAGCAGCAUCAGCCAGAAGGAAGCACUGGAAAGUUGUCCAAGGCAGUGGCCAGCGAUAAACAGGCUGAUGGAUUGCCGGCCAAGUCACCAAAGCAGCGAACGCGGCGAGCCAGCAGCCAGAGCCAACAGAGACAACAGAAGCAGCCACUGGAUUCAGGCAGCAAGAAACGUCUUGGGGCAUCAAUAACAGAAGCCGAGAAGAGCCCGCCGAGUGAGGCAGCAAAAUCAAAUUUAUCAAUGUCACAUGAAGAGCGGACAGCAGGGAAGGGCGCUGGCGACGGCAACAAUGGCAAACUGCCAGCAAAGUAUUUUAAUAAGCGACAGAAAAACAUGCACGAACAGAAGAAGCCAGAGCUGGAGCUGGAGCUGGAGCUGAAGCUGCAACAAAGACGGCAAAGGCGGGGGGUAAACGUAAACGAGCACAACAGCAAUAUAAUCCAUCAUUAUGCAACUGCAAAGCGAAGAAAACGGCAGGCAGCAAAUGACAUCUUAGCAACGGUGGCAGCAGCAACAUCAUCAGCAGCAGCAGCAGGAGCAGCAGCAGGAGUAGCAGCAGCAGGAGGAGCAUCAUCAUCCUCAGCUACAACAAAUUCAGCUGCGACAAGGGCCACAGCAGCAGCCGUGGAAGCUGAGAAGGAGCUGACUGGCAGCAGCAGCAGCAGUGGCGGUGUCGAGGACAUGCCUGCAAUGAGACGGGCACGCAAAUCUUUGGCCAUCAUUGGCAGUAGCAAUGUCAGCAGCAGGGUGAACAAGGAGCAGCAGCAGCAGCAACAGCAACAGUCGAUGCCGCCAAAUGCACCGCAAAUAAGCAACAAGCCGCCAGCAGCAAUUAGUGGAAACAAUGUAAAGGAAACAGCGGCAUCAGCGGCAACAGCGACAGGAGCAGGAGCAGCUUCAUCAGCAGCAGCAGCAGCAACAGGAGUCCAAGUCAAAGACAAGACAACAUCUAAUGAUCUUGCCAAGACAGAGGACAACGCCGCGGAGGAGGAUGACACUAAUGAUGAUGAUGAUGAUGAUGACGACGACGACGAUGGGGCAGACACGGACGCUGCUGAGGCUGGAGCUGAAGCUGAAUCUGAGGCUGAGGCAGAGCCCCUGCCAGAGGAUGAUGACGAUGCAGACCUGGAUGAAGAUGUUGCUGAGUUGCAAACAGAUGCCGAGUACAUGGCCGAUGAGCCCAGCGAUUUGCCAGAGUACGAGACGGUCGAAGAGGGUGCGGGGGGUGGCUCCGUGCAGCAUCAGCAUGUGGAUAUGUUGUCACUGGAGCAGCAACUGGACCUGGAAUCACUCGAAGAUAAUGUCGAUGCCGAGGAUGGGGACGAUGAUGCUGAGGCUGAUGUCGAUGUCGAUGAUAUGUACAAUGUUAGCGACGAUGACUUUGUGGCCAGCGUGGCCCUCUCCACCGACGACACAACAACCACAACAACGGCACAGCCUGUUCAGAGCUCAACUCCACCCACCUCUGCGGAGUGGCAGCAGCCGCAUUUCGACUACUCACGCAUGGAGUACAGCUUCAGCAAUGGCGUAGUCACCCAGAGCCUGCUGGGCGGAGCAGGCAAUGGAGUAGGAGCUGGAGCUGCCGCAACUCACGAUGGCCCAGCCGGUGGGGGCACCAUCAAUUUUGAUAAUUACGACAACAUCAUCUACUCCACCAUGGAGCUGGAGUGCAUGCCCGGCUACGAUGGCGGACUGCAGCAGCAAUUCUUUCUGGAGGCCUACGACUCGAAGACCAAGAAGCUGCGCCUGAACAUGAGCAGCACCUAUGUGGAUAUGCCCGUGUUUCGGAUCGAUCUGACAGAUCUGCUGCCCAUGGACUACUUUCCCGAUGCCCAUCCGGCCCUGCAUUUGGUUGUCUACAGCGUCAAUCAGAAGGGUCGCUCCGAGCCGAUUGUCCUCGAGAAUGUGCCCAUCAAUGAGGCGGACAAGCGUUCAGACGGACGCAUGGGCCUGUCAAUCUUGCCGCUGGCCGCCCUGCUCGCUGGCACACUCUUUACGGUGGGCAUUGCCGUGCUCUCCGUGGUGGUCAUUGCCGUGCGUAGGCGUCGCGGCCCCGGAGCACGGAACAUGUGCGACGACAAGGACAAGCAUUUGGGCAUGGAUGUGACAGUGACGGCGCCUCUGGAAACAGGUGCUGGCCAUCAGCGGCUCGUUGUGGCUUACACUUUGAAGCAGGGCAUUGAAAAGCAGCCGGACAUACUGAGUGCACAAAAAAGCGCAACUGGCAGUGACACAUCGUCGCCGCUGGGAAAUCGGCCGAGUGGUUUAUUUAUGGGCGGAGGAGGCGGCAGUGGCGGAGGUGGAGGUGGUGCCGGCGGCCCAUCAGCCGCUCCCAGCUCUGGCAAUGCUGCGAACCAUAAAACGAUGGAUUAUGAUGCGAGUGCGCCGCACCUGAGCAGCCCGCCCUCCCAGUCGAGCACCCUGCGGCUGGAGAGCGACACUGCGGCGAGCGUUGCCAAGGGCUAUCAGACAUCAUCGUCGACGGCCGCACCGCUCCUCUACGAUGCCAUGCCCACGCUCAGUCGCUACGAGCAGCUGGGCCUCAACAUGGGAAACUAUGCGGUAGUCGGAGGUGGCGGCGGGGGCAGCAACAGCACGCUCAGCUCUGCCAGCAGCACCGUUAACUCGGGCAGCAAUGCGCUGGCAAACGGUGCAGCCGGGGGAGCAGGGGCUGGCAGCCACUACGCCCAUCACAUGCAUCACACGCUGCCCCACAACAUGGGCCAGCCCACGUCGGGCAGCCUGCAGCGGGGUGCGGUGGGUGGCCAUGAUCCGACACUCACCCUGGCCGACUAUCUGACCACCAGCAGUCUGAUAGACUACAAUUUGAGCAAGGCAGCAGCCGCUGGAUCGCCCAUGUCCGCCACCCUGCCCACCCACAUGACGCUGCCCAAGGGCCUGGGCCUGGGCUCGGUGAUGGCUGGGACGAGCCUGUCGCCGUCGCAGCUGAACACCAUCACGCACAAGUCCAGUGCCGGACGCAAUCACAUCAUAACGGACACCUUGCCCGGACCCGAAAGCUGCGUCUAAGCGUGGCCAAGGGAGGGGCACGGGCAAGGGCAAGGGCAUGGGCAUGGGAAGUGGGAAUUCCUUGGCAUCAAACAAAAGACUGGCGCACAAAAAA